AUUCUUCUGGGUUUCUAUGAAGACUUCUGAACUCUUUGGUAUAUACAGACCAAAACUGGUCGGGGUGAAAAAUUUCGUAAGAAAUACGUUGACAAAAGUUUGUUUAUCGUUUAUAAUGUACUUGUGUUUUGCUGUUAUCUGUUAGGAGCUUCGUGACAAACUCCGGUGUAGUCGAAUUCGCAAUCUUUCUUUAAACGACAUUUCGGCUCCUACCAAUUUUUUUGAGGUUAUAUAAACAAAUUUUGGUCAAACUUUGUUUAAAACGGCUAGUACAAUGUUAAUUGGCCCGCUAAAAAGUAGCAUGAGCUCGAGUCAUCUGUCACGCUGGUCACGAUCGUCCAGAUUGAUUCAAUUUAACCACAAGAUGCGAGAGAUUGCACGACUUUUCUCUUCACAUGCCAAAUAUGCAGAAUGCCAGCCAUUGGAUAAAGUACGGAAUAUCGGUAUAUCUGCUCAUAUCGAUUCUGGAAAAACAACUCUGACGGAACGUAUCCUUUUUUAUACUGGACGUAUUAGUGAAAUGCACGAGGUUAGAGGAAAGGACAACGUAGGGGCAACUAUGGACAGUAUGGAACUGGAGCGACAACGAGGAAUUACUAUUCAGUCAGCGGCUACUUAUACUCUUUGGAAAGGCCACAAUAUCAACAUCAUUGAUACUCCAGGCCAUGUUGAUUUUACAGUCGAAGUAGAAAGAGCAUUGCGUGUUUUGGAUAGUGCGAUUCUUGUUUUAUGUGCUGUCGGUGGGGUACAGUCGCAGACGUUAACGGUAGAUCGCCAAAUGAAGAGGUAUGGAGUACCAUGUCUGGCCUUCAUCAACAAGCUUGACAGAAUGGGAGCGAAUCCCAAAAAGGUGUUGUCUCAUGUGAGGUCUAAAAUGAAGCAUAAUGCGUCAUUUAUUCAAUUGCCAAUUGGGCUAGAAGGUAAUACAAAGGGAUUGGUUGACUUAGUCACCCAACGUGCUCUUUACUUCGAAGGGAAUUUUGGAGAGGUAGUGCGGGAAGAUGAAAUUCCUAAGGAUAUGAGGACAGAAGUUGAUGAAAAAAGGCAAGAACUCAUUGAGAGCUUAAGCAAUGUUGAUGAAAUCCUUGGUGAUGCAUUUUUAAAUGACAAGGAGAUUACCGUGGACAAUCUAAAGGCUGCUAUUAGAAGAAGUUGUUUGAAGAGAACAUUUACGCCAGUGUUGUUGGGCACAGCUCUUAAGAAUAAGGGUGUUCAACCCUUGCUGGAUGCUGUACUGGAUUACUUACCAAAUCCAGCUGAAGUUACAAAUUAUGCAAUUAAAGAGACAAGUAGUGAGAAGACUGAAAAAAUUACGUUGAAUUCUGCUCGAGAUGGUAAAGAUCCAUUUGUGGGAUUGGCUUUUAAAUUGGAGGCUGGCAAGUUUGGUCAACUAACAUACUUUCGAUGCUACCAAGGAAUCUUAGAAAAAACAGACAGCAUAUACAAUACACGUACAGGGAAAAAGGUAAGAGUGGCGAGGCUGGUUCGUCUUCAUGCCGAUCAAAUGGAGGACGUGAGUCGCGUUUAUUCGGGUGAUAUCUUCGCUGUCUUCGGCGUUGACUGUGCCUCAGGAGAUACCUUUGUCACCGACCCUAAACUGGAGAUCUCGAUGGAGAGUAUCUAUGUACCUGAUCCUGUUAUUUCGAUGUCUAUCCAACCAAAGAAUUCCAAGGACCGUGACAAUUUCGCUAAAGCUAUUGCCAGGUUUACAAAGGAAGACCCCACCUAUCGUUACUUCUAUGACACCGAUAAUAAGGAAACGGUCGUUUGCGGAAUGGGAGAGCUGCAUCUGGAGAUCUAUGCGCAGCGCAUGGAACGCGAGUACAACUGCCCAGUGGUCCUAGGAAAACCUAAAGUUGCGUUCAGAGAGACCGUAACGGCUCCUGUUAAAUUCGACUACUUACAUAAGAAGCAAUCUGGUGGCCGGGGCGAGUACGCUCGCGUUACUGGCGUCGUCGAGCCUUUACCACCUAACGAGAAUACGAAGAUCGAGUUUGUGGACAACACAGUGGGCACCAACAUACCGAAACAAUUUAUCCCGGGUAUUCAAAAGGGCUUCAAGAUCAUGUGCGAGAAAGGCAUGCUGUCCGGUCAUAAAAUCGCCGGUAUCAGAUUCAGGCUGAUAGACGGAGCUCAUCAUUCGGUCGACUCAUCGGAAUACGCGUUCCAGUUCGCAGCCCAGGGUGCCAUGAAGGACGUUUUUAGUGACGGGACGUGGCAAUUGCUGGAGCCGAUAAUGUUGGUUGAAGUGACAGCUCCGAUAGAGUUCCAGGGUAUCGUCGUAACACAAAUCACCAAGAGAAGAGGACUGAUCACGGGCACCGAUGGGUACGAGGGUUGGUUUACCAUCUUCGCGGAAGUUCCCCUGAACGACAUGUUCGGAUACGUCGGCGAAUUGAGGUCGUCUACACAGGGCAAAGGAGAAUUCACGAUGGAGUAUUCCCGCUACAGUCCGUGCGUUCCGGAGUUGCAGGAACAACUCAUUAGGCAGUAUGAGGAGUCCCUAGGGAUCACGCGAGAACAAAAGAAGAGUCAAUAGAAGGCGAGAAUUUAGUUAAAAUUAUCCCCGGGGUGAAGCACCUUGAGGAACUCGUCAAACCGUACUGCAAUCAGUUCGCCAGGAAGACGUGGUCUCACCAAAUGCGAUUCUAUUGGAGUCCGUUUGUUGCCGCAAAUAAGUUAUUAUUACAUUAAGAGCGAGAAUGGACAUUUGUUAUAAGGAACUGGUAUCUAGUUGCAAAGGCUUCUCAGUCUGUUAAAUUAGUUACAAUUUAUGCGGGGCUGUACAUUGUAGCGCUGCAUCAAGUGCACAGAAUGGUCGCGAGAAAACUGCAAUGUCUCGAUUUUGAAAUUUAAAAUUUUGCAAUUAUCGUAUAGAGCAGAGUAUUCCGAAAUCAUUGUAUAUUUUUUUAAAUGUAAAGGCACAUUAACGAUA